CCAUUGGUCCAGAACGCCAAAAAAUUCAACUUUCUUCUCAACAGCAGCAGCCCCGAAACACUGAAUACUCAGCUCUAAAGCCUUGAUGUGGCCGAGUGCAGAAGGAGGGCCUCCAGAGGUCACUCUAGAAACUUCCAUGGGUUCUUUCACACUUGAGAUGUAUUACAAGCAUGCGCCAAGAACGUGUCGGAAUUUCAUAGAGCUUGCUCGAAGAGGGUACUAUGAUAAUGUCAAGUUUCAUAGAAUUAUCAAGGAUUUUAUUGUUCAAGGUGGAGAUCCAACUGGUACCGGAAGAGGUGGAGAAUCUAUUUACGGCGCGAAGUUUGAUGAUGAGAUAAACCAACAGUUAAAGCAUACAGGAGCAGGUAUCAUAUCCAUGGCUAAUGCUGGGCCGAAUACAAAUGGAAGUCAAUUCUUCAUCACCUUGGCACCUGCACAGUCACUUGAUG